GAUGAAAAAAGCACUAUAAGUACUCAAGACUUAAAGUCUUAAUUACAAUUCUAUAAGGUCUGGCUUAAACUAUAGAAUGACUAUUAGAGAGAAUGGGUAAAGAAUGGGUCAUAUUUCCAUUAACCUUAAUAAAUCUAAUAAUGCUUCUGCAAAUACAAUGCUUAAGAAGCUUCUUUAAAAUCAAGAGUAUACAAUAUUAAGAGAUUAAACCAAAAUGAUAUUUGAAGGUUCCUUUGAUGCUUUAAAAACCUUGACAGGAGUGACAACUUAUUACCCAGACACAGGUUAAAAUAAUUAUGACUAUAUUUAGGUUUAUUAGUUUAUGAUUUAGAUGCAAACAAACUUAUAUUACAUUUAACUAAGGAGGAUGUUUAAUGUCAAGGGAUAGUCUUGGGCUAUGUUAUGGAUUAAGAUGCUAUCACAAUACUAAAUUCUCUUAGAACUUCUACUAUUCCAUUACAAGCAAGAUUAGAAAAUACUUAUAAUUAUUACCUAAAGAGAACCUUAAAUGUGAGCUUGGCUGUAUCUUUGUUAGUAUUUUAUAAUUCAUUUUCUGGAUCUCAAAAAUCAAAAUUUGGUGUUUUUGAGCGUGAUGAUAAACAACCUAAAGUAGAUUCUAAAUGA